AUGUCUCAUCCCGACCAGCGAGUCCGUCACGAUGGUGGCAAGAAGCGCAGUCUCGGCGGAUCUGUCCGAGAAUUGAACGCUCUGCGAUCCAAUGCGGCCGUAUACAAUGAUUUGACUCCCAAGUUUGGUGAGGGCUCGAGUUCUGCCUAUACUCAGAAGAAGUCGCAAUCGCCCCCCAUCGAGGUGGAGGGAGUUCCGCUACCUGCGGGCUUAGCAUCUCGUCGCACCUCCGUACCGCGAGAGGGCAGCGUGCCCAGAUCGCGCACUAAGACGAAAAAGGCGUCACCCGUCGCCGAGACGAUAAGCAAGAUGGAGCCCGCUCCUGCCGCGUCUUUUUACGAGCACGCAUUGCCCACAGCAAGCCAGGCGUCUCGGCAAGACACAUCUACUUCGUCUCGAUCAGCCUCGACGUCUGUGACCUCUUCGAGCGCAGAUCAGACCGUCGUGCCCACGCGACCGCGGUCUAUAUCGAAGGACAAGAGCAGAUCAGGACAAAUAGAAACAUCGUCAGACUCGGAGCAAGAGGCAGAUGACUCGUCAAAUUCUGAAACGUCGACCGAUGAAGAAAUCGACCAAGACGUCAAAGGCACCUCUCGUGAGCUGGCUGCCCUCCGCACAGCAGCAGCCAACAUCAAGUUUGAGACCCGAGCCGAGCGUAAACAGCGAAGACGCGAAAGGAAACAAUCUGACCAGCCCGGCAGCAGUCAUUCAGGACGCAGGCGGCGUGCGCACGUCAAAUACGAUGAGCGGUCGGAUAUACCACCAGGGCGGCAAUCAAGCAAGCCCGACAGUCGCAGCCGCGGCAGAUCAUCAGCCGCGAGUAACGCGCCUUCAAAAUCUCGUUCCAGCCGAAAUGGCGCACGGACACAGGCGCCCGCGCCUCUUUCGAUCGCCGCGUUCACGAGCGCGGCCUCUUUAUCGCCAGAUCUCAAUCAGUCAAGCCGUCCACGUUCAUCGACCUCGAGCAAAAGCGGAUUUGGCUCUCCACAGAGGGAGCGCGCGCCAGCCAGACGACGAGGAGAUCCCCAGAAGGCGCCGGGUACGCAACAAAGUAGCUCUCGCCGACGUCUAAGCGACCAAACUCAGCCAAACAAAGUCGCAGCCAGACCACUUGUCAUGGUCUCCAAGGGAGUAUAUGUCGAUCCAAACUCGAGCAGCGGCGGUGAGGACGAUGCAGAAGGCGAAGAAGUGGCCACAGAGCAAGGCAGCAUUGACUUGCCCACGAAGCGUACAAAGUCAAACAGUGCUCUAGGAUCCAGUUCGCCUGUUGCGGACGCUCGCCCCGAGGGUGCUGAGAAUACGCUCCGCCCGCGCGAUUCGUCUUCCGACCUGAGUUCAUUGGAAUCGGAAUAUAGCGAAUCUGCCAGCAACGCUAAGCGCUCGACGCUCAAAAGCAUGCUUUCUGACGAAAAGGCAUCAGCACAGACCGCGCAACCUCACUCAGACAAACGACAAUCUCUUGAGCACCUUGCAACCCCAACGCAAGAAUUGGAUGGGAUCAGUCACACGAGCAGUUCAAUCACGCUCGGCGAUCUCGAUAGAGCCUUCGAGCGUAACAAUGCUGCCUCGCUCGCGCGUUUCGGCAAUUCUAUAGGCAGAGAGUCACGAUCAAGCUCGCCGUUGAGCACUCGUGAGGACAGCGAACCUGUGAACACUGGUGUCACCUCCCCCGAAGAUGUGCGAGAGGCUCGCACAGGCGCCCGAGGUGCCAGAAGUGCUGCACAGGGCCGUCGCGAAGGCUCAGCAAUAACCUCAAGUAAACGUCAGCGGCUUGAGGAGGAACGACAGCAGAACGAGGCGCUAAGGCACAAGCUGCUCGCGACGGUCAGAUAUGAGCAGAAGCUAGUUGAAGCAGGCACACAUCCCCUCUUGACGGACCUGUUGACGCGUCUCCAGACCGAGAAGCAAGAGCGUUUGCGGACGGCGGCGCAAAUUCAGAUUCGCCGCGAAGAAGAAGGUCAGCUCCUGCUUUACGAGCAGCUGCGACGGGUGUGGACACGGUGGCAGGUCGGGCGUGCAGUGCAUACCGGUUACGCGGCCGCUGACCUAGAAGCGCUCGAGCAGGACGAGAAGCGAGCUUACCGUGCGACUUUCGUCACCUGUCAAGAUCGCAAGCGAGCGAAACUCUCGCACGAGCACUUCGUGCUCGAGCCUCAUCGUCCCAUGUCCUUAGGCUACGAGCCUCCACCCGAGCCGAGGCCUUUCAUUGCGUUGGACGACCCUGCCCGAUCUCAUUUGGAAGCCAGUAGUAGGAAUGCGCUGCAGGCACACGCAAUCUGGCGGCUGUCAGCAACCGAUGUCAUGACGGAUCUCGAGCAUAUGACGUCACGAGAACUGCUCAUGCCAUCCCCGAUUGCAAGGCCGGCCAUCUUCAAUGAUUACCAAAGUGAUCUGCUACCCCGUCUUCAACAAGGUCUUCCCAUCAAUGAUCUCAAUGCUGCCGCAUCGCGUGCCACUGAUGCCGAGCGCGAGCGACGCAAUCGCAAUCGUCAGAAAAGCCGCUACGCGCCUGCGCCGCUGCACGGGGACGCCGACACGAGCUUCUUGGACGAGGCUGCGUCCACAAGUACUGGUCAUCGCCGAGCGAUGCGACGGAUUGAGCCGCCGAGCGAUAGUCCUCUCCACAAACGCGAUCACUCUCUACAAGAGACGGCUCCUCCUAUCACCAAGCCGACCGCUAUAGGACAGGUGUCGCAAAUGCUUGCAAAGUCCAAAGAUUAUGAACAGGCUAGUCACAGCCCGUUAAAGCUGGCAGACAUACAACCUAUCCCGCCUUUCAGACCGAAAAGCGUUGGCGAUGAGAUCUCUCGCGUGUACAAGUCAAGGUCUCGCUCCGCGCAACCGGAGCCUCUGAUUCAUCUCGAUAAUCUGCCGCCACUGAGGCAUCAGCACGAGCAUAGACCGGCCAUCUCGCACAUGCUCAGCAUCAAGUCAGCAGCGACAAGUACAGGACAGGCGAACCCUCAGCCUACUUCGCCUGUGACUGUGCCCAGGACGGACCAUGCGUAUCGCAAUCCAAACUAUUACGAUGGUUACGGCAAAGCACAAGCUGGAUCUGCUGUGCCCGGCACGGUUGAACGCAGCGCGGACGAAAGGCCAAUGGGCCAGCCAAUACAGGGUUCUUCGGGUGACAUGCUCAGCGUUGUCAUCUAA